CAGAUAAUGUAAAAUUAAAACUGGCAACGGAGGGACUGUUUUUGUUGAAUCAAAAGUGAAAUCAUAAGGUCUGUUAAGUGUUAUCAGAAGGUGGCGAAAUUACUCUUUCCGGAUCGGCAUCUGCCUUCAUCACAACUGUACAUAUACAGGAUUAUCGAUUUUAGGGAUGGCUCCGUGUGAAACUGCCGGUUAAAUUCAUUGAUUACAGAUAAAAGAAUUGUCAGAUACUUCUGCAGGACAUAAUGAAUCGUCCAAGGCACCUCUCAAAAUCUGGAGACAGUCUUUAUGAGUUACUUGGUGUGGAAAAGUCGGCACCGCAUGAUGAAAUAAGAAAGACAUACAGGAGGCUAGCUUUAAAAUGUCAUCCAGACAAGAAUCCAGAUGAUCCGGAGGCAGCAGAUAAGUUUAAAGAAAUCAGUCGAGCCCACACCAUUCUGACAGACACAACCAAGAGACAGAUUUAUGAUGAGUAUGGAUCAAUGGGAAUCUGGGCAGCUGACCAGUUUGGUGAAGAGAACGCAACAACCUACCUCCUUCUGACCAGUGGCUGGUGCAAGGCUCUGUUUGUUUUCUGUGGAGUCAUCACAGGUUGCUACUGUUGCUGCUGUUGCUGUUGUUGCUGUAAUUUUUGUUGUGGGAAAUGGAAGCCACCAAAUCCAGAGGAGGAAGGGGAAUACGCAAAUCUACAUGUACGUCCCGAUGAAUUCAGCAGUCCAGAGUCUGGUUCCCCGGAACACGUGGUGACAGAACAACCAAAGACAGAUGGCGCCACUCCCAUUGUGUUAGGCCCGCCCCCAGGAAUGAACAACGAGUCUACAAAACUAAACUAUGAAGAUAAGGCUCAAUAUGGAGCUAGCUUUAGUGAUACAGACUCUGUUUCACAUCCACUAGAACACGCAGACACACGGUCAAACCAAGAGGACGGUAUACACAGACCAAGUUAGAUAGAAUUCAUAUCUUAGAUUUAAAAUUGUCACCAGUGUUUUUCAUACACAUGUACUUUGUUUUUGAUUUUUGUACAAGGACCAAUGUUUGAAUCACACUUGUUAUUUGGCUCAAUAUCAAAGACUUUAUUACAAAACUACCUGCAUUUUUAAAUAGAUGCUGCACUGCCAUGUAACAAGACAUUUUUCUAUAACUUAAUGUUCUAGAUAUUGGAAUAUGUAGUAUUCCAAUUCCUUUUUUAGCGUCUUGUGAUUUUCAUUCCACUGAAAUGCAGUCUAGUAUUUGGGUUUGCAUAAACCCGAGUUAUCGUUCUUUGCAAGAGUUAUCUUUCCAUUAGAGCAGGUAUAACAUGCCAUUUUAGUUUUCAAUAUGUUGUAAACACUCAUAUUUGAUCACUUGAAUUAGCAUUCAUUGAGAUAGGUAGGGACUGUAGUUUGAUUAAAAGAUUGACAACACAAUGAACACUAUAGGGAAGUUUAAUGAUAAUAUCCAUUGCAUAUAGAUACACUCUUGUGGGUUUGGUAGCAAAAUUCAGGAAUAUAGCAAUUGUGACAUCGUGGCAAAACAAAACCUAACUCACAAGGCAUAUGAUGUAAAUUUGAUAGGGGUGUAUAAUACAACUGUUAAAUGUUGGAGAAAGGUGUGUAAGAAAGCCUGGCUUAUAAUAAAAUAUUAUAGUUACUAUAAGUAUAUAUUGAAAACUACAAAUACUAAUAUCAUCACUACAGUUGUUUUGAUAUGAAUGAAAUACUGUCACCAAGAUUUAAAACUACACACACUAUAUUACUACUGCAGCAAGAUUUGCUUGACAUGGAUAACUGUUCAUUUUGUAGCAGUAGAAUAUAUAAAGUAAGAUUUACUGAAUAUUUAUUUCAGUGUGUCUAGAUUUUUCUGAUGGUUAAUAUGAAGAUUUUAAAAAUUGUUGAUUAUUACACCAAUUUAAGUUUAAUAAGAGUUGAUAUUGGCAGUUGCAGAUAUAUACAUCUAGUGUCUAAAUGGCUACAAGGUAAUUAAGAACAGUCGCAUGUAUUUCUAUUUUUAAGCAAGCAUAUAUGUAGUUCAACUGCAUAGCAUUCAUUGAAAAAGAAAUAUCUCCUGCAACGUGAAAUUUAUGUCUCCUAUAGACAGCUGUACUGAAAGUUUUAUUUGAUUAAAACUGCAAAUGAUUGGAUAUUUUUUUUUUUUUUUUUUUUUUUUUUUUUUUUUAUAGAAAUGAUUGGGAAUUUUUAUUCAUAGAUGGACAUAUUCACAUUAAAACAAAUAUUGUUCUGUAUUUAAAAAAUGUCAUUCUUCUUACUCUUAUACCUUUGUAUUUAUAAAAGAAAUUUCAGGUAAAAAAAACCACACAACAGAUUUGUUUGCAUAUAAAGAAGUUGUGUAUGAAUUGAUAUGAAUAUAGACUUUUAUAAUUUAGUAUGGACUUAAUGCAAUAUGUUCAUUUUUCCUUACCAUUCCUCUCUGUUAUUCAAAUAUGUGUUAAAAUUUCUUUUAUAGUGUAUAUUACUUUGAAAGUUUUUUUCUUCGAUUGCUCAAUUUUAUGCAUGUGAUUUGAGUUUUAUGCUCCCAGCGUGAAGAACCUCCCAAUAAUGAUGCCGAUUUUCUUUGUAAGUCUUGAAAGCUUUCCCACAUUCCAGCGACUUUUGGUACAUUUGGUAUUUUAGAAUUUUCUGGCCUCAGGGGUAUUUUUUGUAUCUGUAUAUAUAUCAUUUCUCUUGUGUAUUAUUUGAAUAAGUAGACUUAAAUCUUAACAUAGGUCAGGUCAUUUAACAUACAACUGCUUACAACUGUAGACAGAUACUUUUUUGUAUAUAUAUAAAGACCAUUCAGUUAUACACAUGUACAAUUGGAAAGACAGCUAGAUUAUAUACAUACAUGUAUAGAAUGUUCUUUUUGCUAUCAUUUCUUAAAUAUGUUAUGAAAACCUGUACUCGGAUAUCAAUGAUUCCACUUGUUUUGUGAGUCCUAUUGUAAUAAAUUCAUUGUUGCAACAUG